UCGUACCCUUGAGUCAGUUAAAACUGAAAGCGAAAAAUUUCGUAAAAACAAAAAUUAGAAAAUUAUUAUGGAUAAAGAAAAUAGAAAACGUCCAAGAUUUGCUUGGACGAGAGAUUCGGUUAAUCUUCUCAUUGACUUGUAUGGAGAAAACAUUGAAAGCUUCUUAAAUCCAUACAAAAUAAAAACAAAGUUAUGGAGUCAAUUGGUGGAGCUUAUGAAGCAAGAUGAUUCUCUCUCCUAUGAUCUUCGAGAAGAACUUACAGUUGGAAUUGCAAGAAGAAAGUUUCUGUCACUUCAGAAAGAAUUUAAAAGAUGUUAUUAUGAAUUUUCAUCGCCGGUUUCCAUGAAAUCUCCAUUUCCUCAUUACAAAAAGUUACUUAAACUUUUCACUGAUUAUGCUACUAAAAAAUUAAAUCAAAAGAAUGAAUCAUUUGGUAUCGCUGAUGAUACAAUGAAUCAAACAACUCAAGAAGAAAUUUCGGCUUAUAUCAAGAAUCAUAUUUUGGAUAAUACAUUAGAAGAACAUGAAGUUACACCAACAUAUUCUUCGUUACAACCUUCUUUAAAUGAAAAAUCUUCAAUUGAAUCAAGAGCAGCUAAACUAAGACAGGAAAUCGCGAAAAUGUCGAAAGAUUCUCUCAGCAUUCAUGAAGAGAAAAUAAAAAUUGUUCCCAAUACACCAUUCAAUGCUCGAUAUCAAUUAUCAACGAUCAUCAACUAUAAAAAUACCAGGAACAAUUCACUGAAAAGAUCUAACUUGGAGGACAAUGGAAAAUCUUAUGCAAUCGAACGAAGUUAUAUUAAGCCAAUUAUAAAAAGAAGUUUACCAACGAUAAACCCCAACGACAACGAAUAUGAAGUUGAAGCUCUUGAUGAAUGCAGUUUUUAUGUUAAAGAAAACAUUUCAAGCAAUAAAGAUGAAGUAAUAAUGCAGCCAGCAUCUUCAACAAUGAUUAAAGGAAGAUUAUCAAAUGAAACAUCAAACGAUAAUAUCAGCGAAAUGACAGAAGAACAAAGUGUGCUUGAAAUUCCUCCAUUACCAACCGACUCAAUAGACGAUCUUCGAUGUGGAAAAAUAGCUGGUCAUGUUAAUCGGAAGCUGCCUUUGAUUCGUAAAACAUUAAACUGGAGCGAAGAAAUUUCUGAAUUGAAUCAUGAAAACUCAAAUAUUAAAAAUGAUUCUCUUCCCAAUUGGUUUCAAAGUUUCAUAACAAAAUACGAUUCUGACAUCAAGAAACUAGAUGAUAAAUUAAAUAUUAUUAAUAAUAUUUUGUUUCAAUUUAAAAAAAAGACCUUUUCAGUUUGUGCUUCUGUCCGUCUUGAAAACGCCGACAGCCAAAAAGGCGGUUGUCAUCAUAUUGUUUUCCUAAAUUCAUGUCCAAAACAACAUAAUCAUAUAUAA